CUCCCAACUCAGAGUUGUAGUUCACUGGGCAUCUGAGUGAACGAAAAGUUUGGGAGUCAUCGACCUGAUCAGUCAAGAAGCGCCAAGGAUAAAAUUCGGCCAUGGCUUCCCUUCGAGGGAGCAGUGCGCAGGUGCUACGGCGCGGGUCCCUUUGGGGAUCAUCCCUGGGCCAAACAGCCGCGGUAGCAGCACCAUGCGCUGCCUCACGCGCAACACUCAGCACACUCGUCAACUCUUCCUCUUCCGAUUCGCUCAGAAGUAGCAGGAAGCCUGCUUUGUCGAUCCAGCUGUGCGCAGCUGCGAGUGCUCGAGGCUUGCGGCAGGCUCGUGUACUGAAGAGCAGCGCUACUAUCUUCAGCAAGGAUCGCAGUUGGGUCGACAAGGGCGAGGUCACAUACGACGAGCUGAAGCCCGAGACGGAGGCGCCAAGCGGUCACAUCACCCUCAUCGACGUUCGAGAGCCAGAUGAGGUGGCGCAAGGCAUGAUCCCAUCCUCGGUCAACGUCCCACUCUCGGAGUUUAAGAGCGCGUUCGACGUCAAUAAGUCGUCGCGUGGCGCAUUCUCGUCCAAGUACGCAUUCGAUCGCCCGGGCUUCGACGACAAGAUCGUCUUUUACUGCCGUAGCGGCAAGAGGAGCACCGAGGCGCAAGACUUUGCACGCAAAAUGGGCUGGUGGAACGCGAGAAACUACAAGGGCAGCUGGCUCGACUGGGUCGUGCACGCGAAGAAUGAGUGAACGUGGCCGCGGAUGGACCGUGGCAUUUGAUUUGGUCUGAACCUGGCGCAUGCAGAUUAUGCUUCUGUUGCCCGCACGCGUGGAAAAACUGUAUGCCUACUUCAUUUGGCAUCUAUGAACAUCUGUGCUGGCUAGUUCUCUUCAACUCUGAAAAUGACACGAU